AAAGCAGUUACCCACCUGGCCACUGGACAAGAGAUUCGGAAAGGACGUUAGACCCAUCAUGAGGCUUGCUUGCAUCCCGCACUUAAGUCUCGUCCUUAGACCCCCUUGGCAGACCUUGUCCAGAUUCACGAAUAAGAGCUUAGUUCCCGAACCUGGCAUAAGCUUGUGCUCCGGCCUUCAUCUUCCCUUUCAUCCCAUAAUACAUCAUGCUAAACACUCCAUGAAGAAUCACUCUUAUGGAUAAAUGCUUAGGUUUUUAAACUUCAACCAUUAAUCAACCAAUAAUCAAAAUCCCUUUCAGAAGGAUAUACUUCAAUGUCCAUAACACAAACAACAACGAUGGCAGCCAUAAAGCCAGAAGAUUCAGAUCAUUCAAUUUGGCAAGGCUACGCUCUUCAACCACCUCAUGCUUCUUCUCAUCAAACAACCUUCGAAUCAAAUUUUCCUUCCGGUCCUCUGGCAUUGCCACCAUACCAUGCAAGACAGAAGGGGGGUUACCGACCAAUGGAUAUCCCCGCAAUCAACACAAGACCUCCUCACAGGGAAGGGAAUGGAGUGUUGUUGACUGCUUCACCACCACUAAAUCCUCAUCAUAGUUAUCCUUCACUGAAGCGACCAUUUCAUUCUGCAGAAGAUUCGCCAUAUGGCGAGGUAGUGCAAGAUUUCCGAGAAGAUUUGUCCGAACAUCCAAAGCCGAACAUCAGUCAAGACCAUAGACUACUUUCCUUCAGCAAACGAUCACCGAAGCAUACCAUCGUAGACCAACACGGAAGAAUACAACAGUUAGAUCUCUCAGCGCAAAUCCAUGGAAUGUUCUUCUUGUCCGAAAUGACAACCCCCACAGGGGAAGGAGUGAUUGUCCAGCCGGAGUUGACCUGUUACCGUAGGAACCUGUUCCAAAUUUCCGGAUCUGUCACCACACCCCGAGGCGCUUUGUCGGUGAUUACUGAACGCGGAGAACGCAUCCCUAUUAUAUCCUUGGAAGUAACCAUUAGUGCAACCGAAUCAGUUGAUGGCCACUCUGUCAAAUUGAUUGUUAUCCCAUGGAAAACGCCUCCACCAAACUCUCCCGAAGUAACACCUGGUCAAGAGCAGGAGCCCUCACCUAUUCCACUCCUUUCAUUUGAUGAUGGAGCUCCUGAUACGAACAAUGAGUUCGCUGUUUACCCAAUAGCCUACAGAAGACUUCAGUUCAGGAUCGCGACGGCGAACAAUGGUCGAAGACGAGAGCUUCAACAACAUUUUACCCUACAUUUGAAUGUUGUAGGAACCUUGGGGAACAAUACGAAGAUCAAUGUUUGCGAAACAGCGACAGCGCCCAUUGUGGUCCGAGGCCGAAGCCCAAGAAACUUCCAAGCGAGGAAGGAAAUAGCGCUUGUCGGUUCUUCGGCUUCUCGAGGUCAAGCACCAGAAAUACAAAUUGCAAAUGGCAGCACACCUACCAGUGCUACCAUGAAAUCAAAAUUGUCGAAACCUCAGACACUUGAAUUACCUCGAUCACCAUUCAACUUCGACGCAAGUAAUCUUCCUGUAUCCCCACAUUUGAUGAGACAGCAGUAAGUUCUUCCUCUCAUCAUCAUUUCUUCAACCAAAAUCUUGUCUUGACGUGAAAUCGAACGACGGUCGGCAUUAUUUCCACCUUUGUAACCUCCACCUUUGUCGUAAGCUGACAUGAUCAAAUUAGGACCUUACCAUCAUGGUAUGCUUCGCCACAUGCAUCAGAACAUACCACAGGACCAUCGACUCCGAGCUAUCAAGGACCGCCGCCGUCGUUGUCGAUGGAUAAUUAUCUUCAGGGGAACCAUUCCAGUUCAGAAAAUGCUCAAACGCAUUCUCCGGCUUCUACAAUGCCAGCACCAGCUCCUCCAGUACGAUCGUAUACAUACCAAAGUACAACUUCACCCAGUGGCGCUCCCAUUCGUUUCAUAGAUAGUAAUCCACGACCCGCGAAAUCACCACGUCACCAAGCCCCUCCUGAGUUGAAUUCAUCCUUUUCUUCCGACUUCACGGCUCGGUUUACCGCUCCUGCUCCAUACAGCUCCACCACCGAGGCUGCCGCACAACCAAGAGAAUACUUCCCAACAUCUAUGUCCAUGCAGCCAUGGACUACCGCCCAGGAUACUGCAUCUACAUAUGGAACUACGUUGCCCGCAGUCACUAGUUCUCAUUAUGAGUACCCUGGAGAUCAGCAUUAUGUCAAAGACGAAGGUCACUCUCUGCCACCACCACAGCAUCAACAGCCCAGCCAACAACACUACACUUGGAGCGCCGCAUAGAUUUUGUUAAAGUAUUAAAGUUAAGACCGUGAUGAUAGAAUCAGAAUUUCAGCAAGAUAUCGAUCCUGCUCAGACAGACUCAUCAGACAUCAGACAUCAGACAUCAGACAUCAGACAUCAGACUUAUGAUCUAGAAAUUCAUGCAUGACUAUCAGAUCCAUUACGAAAGAUUUCCUCCGAUUUACACAGCACGAUAAUUAUUUCCUUGUAUCUUAGCGCCAUAUCGAAUGUUUUAUUUGUAUAAUUCUGCACUUGAGUCAGUGUUCAAAGGGUUUAAAAGCACAGCUUCUUGUUUAUGCGUGCUACCUCGGGAUGGAAGGAAAUGAGGCAAUGGAUUAGGAUGAUACGGAAUAAAUACAUUAUGGUAUUUCGAAUUCGCAGCGAACUUAAAAUUCACCGCCCAAGGCAUCACAACAUGGCAAGCGAUGGCGUAGGAAAAAAAAGGGAAAGUUUAGGUCUCUUUUAUCAUAUUAUUCUUUGAUAUUUCUUUUACACUGCAGGACAUAUGGGAUGGAUGAAUUGGACGAUGUCAAAUAUAUGGAUGGAACGGGUGUACUUUUAUAAACACAUAUUAUGAUCAGAUUUUGAUACCCUUAUUAUUUAUUUUUAAAUAUUCGGUCAAAAUGAAAUAGUAAAAUUGUAUU